CGUGGACAGUGGAGUGUGGACAAUGCUUUGAACUCCAAAGUUGGAAGUAACAAUGGAGGAAGUGUCCCGACCAAAAGAAAAAACAAUGGAGGAAGUGAAGGGAUUCGUGAGGCGUGUGUUGCUAUUCAAGUUCAAAGCCAAAACCGCACCUGACCACGUCAAGAAACUCAUCAAGGAUUACUCCAAUCUCGUCAACCUCGUCGAAUCCUUGAAAACUUGGCACAUGGGAAAGGAUGCGAACAUCGAGAACUUGCAUGAAGGCUUCACGCAUGUUUUUGAGCUAACGUUUGAGGACGCCGAGGGAAUAGCAGCAUACAUGGUUCAUCCUGCUCACCUCAAAUUCCAUGAGCGGAUCUCACCCCAUCUAGAGAAGAUAGUCGUGAUCGACUACAAGCCGACUUCUUUCCAUACCUGAAUUUAAUGUUGCAUUGCAAGCUCUAUCACUGUUGUGUGUAUGAAUAAUAAGCUUGUUAUGGCAUUAUCUUGUGUAAGA